UCAUAGCAUUCACCAUGAAGAUAUUCCUAAUUUCAUUGUUGUUUGUCUCGGCUUUCGCCGUUGAUGUGUCGGAGAAAAAAUAUGACAAACGUGCUUCUGUACACGGAGGAUCAUCGAUAUAUAGUCAUGGCAACUACAACCCUUACAAUGACGUUGGAUUCCAUGGAUCGGCAUAUGGGCAUGGACAAGGAUAUGGGCAUGGACAUGGAUAUGGAUACGGAUACAGAGGGAUUGGAUCUGAAAUCGAUUUUAUAGGAGGACCGCAUGGUCACAAACCAAGUUUCGGCAUCGGUGUGGAACACGGUUUCUUACAUCAUAUACCCAGAACCGUCAUAAAUCGCGUAGUUCCAAUUGCAGUUAUCGUACCUCAAUUAGUUCCCAUAACACGCUCAGUUCCCGUAUCAGUGCCGCAUCCUGUACCCCUCGAAGUGAAGCGUCCUGUUCCCGUCCCGAUACCUCAACCGGUUCCAUUCGUCGUCACUAAAACCUAUCCCAUUAAUGUACCCCGUCCGGUUCCAGUACCAGUAUCUCAUGCCGUACCUGUAGCACACCCGGUGCCGCAUCCGAUUCCAGUUCCGCACCCGGUUCCGGCAAUUCACACACCAGCCUCAAUUUCACAAUCCAUACCGAUUAACUCUGAUCCAUAUCCGCUGCCCGCUAGACCAAUCUCUGUUACUCAACCUAUCGCAUCAACCGGUCUUCAAUCUGGGUCCUCAAUACGACCAAUCGCUCCCAUUGGGGUUGGAUCUGUCGAUGCGGCAGGAAUCGGCACAAUAUUGCAAAAUGGAGAUAAUUCUGGAUUUGCCAUUUCUGGCGUCGUACAUGGCGUCGUACGUGGUGGUAAUAACUUCGGCUCUCCCAUAAGUUCGGGAUUUCAUGUGGAUUCCGGCAGCGAGGGAUAUUCUUAUCCGGUACCAGCGAAGAAAUUCUUUUAAGCAAAGCACUCGAAAGAAUCUUUUACAGGCGACAUGUCUGAUUUGCACUCCGAUGCGAUACAUCUGCCGUUUUCGAGAUCUCGGAUAUACGGCACGUGGCUAACUCAAGUCACGCCAUACCCAUUUAUCCCGCGUUUCACUUGAUAUUUAUGGAUUCGCAUACUGCGGAAGGUCCGUGUGAAUCGUGCCUUCGAUUAAAAUUCCUCCUAAAACCGCAAAAAGAGAUCGAAGUACAUAAAUAUAUUGCCAUUUACUUUCACGUUUUCGACAGUGACAAGGGAAAGAGAAAGUGUUACAUUUUGAGAACGUGAAAGUAAUAUUAUGCAGAAUUCAAGGAGAUGAAUAAUCAUGCGAGCGCGCGAUAGAAGUAAGAAAUAUGACCUAUUCGAUAUUUUCUGUUACCGAAAUCUCACAU